GUGUGAGCAGUGUGAGCACUCGAGCAGUACAGACCAGUGUGAGCACGAGCCAAUCUGCAUUCUGCAUUCUGCAUCCUACACUCUGCAGUUGAUUCGCGUCAAUACGGUCUGGUUUUAGUCGUGAGGACGAGGAGUGAAAGCCUCUCGCGUUACACACAUGGAAUGGAAAAGAACGUCAAUUGAUAUGGUUGACGAGCAACGGAGACGGUUUUACGAUCCUGCGGAUCCUGCCGCGCGUCAAACGAACGAUAACGCGCAACUGCAGCUGAUAAAUCUCCCCGACGUUUGCUUGGAGGCGAUCCUGUCUAACCUCUCCUACGAUGAGAUAUCUAAAUAUAGGAUCGUUUGCAGACAGUUCGAUCGGAUCUGCAAAAAGCUGCUCAACCGUGGCUUCAAUCUCAUGGAGAAAUAUCACGCCCAAUGCCUCCGGACUGUCAAAGGCAAGCUGCCGAGGCGAGAGUCGGAGCGACGCAGCCAUCCUCUCGCGCGACACUGCGAUAUCUUGACGGCGAUAGAAACGAGAAUCUCUAUGUUAUCAAUGACUUUUAUCAAAUACGUGGACCUGAACGUUUGCUGCUUUAUUCCAGGAAAGGUAAUCGAUGAAAUUUUUCGUGUUCUUCGAUUAAUUCGAGAGACAAAGACACCGCCCAGGGCACACGAGAUACUUCAGGAGCUGCGGGAUAUAAGCAGCAUGGCCAUGGAGCAUUUCGACGAGAAGAUCUUGCCGGAUUUGAAGCACAACAUCUGCACGUCCAUGGUCGGCACUGUGAAUUCAUACGACCUACCUGGUGGCGUCAUGAUCUCCCACGGUAGAAACAUAAAUAACUCUUCACUGCCGCAUUGCAACAAUCAUAACAUAACCUGCUCAGAGAAGCUUAACCAGAGUUUUAAGAAGAUUAACGAUCGUACGAAAAAGAACAAGAUGUUCUUCGUAUCCAUGAAAAACCAAAUGGGUAGAAUGAAGUUCAGAAUCCAGAGGCAAGAGUAUCUGGUACGGAAGCAAACCAUGAAAUUAUAUAAGCAGGCAAAGAAGAUACAGGAUCAGGACACGCAGUUAGCCGAGAUGCGGAAGCAUCUCGAGGAGUGGGAACAGAAGAUGGUCGAUUUGACUACUGAAGUGAGUCGAGCGCGGGAAGGCACUCAGAAUCCCGAUUCGUUAGAAAAUCGCAAGCGGAAAGCGCACAUUAUCAAUACCGAGACCGAGACGCUUCAACAGACGAACGAAUUGCAAGCUAAGAAACGGAAACUCAUAGUUGAGAGGAAACCGUCGAGCGAUGCGCAGGACAUGAAGUUUAAGAAAUUUAUGUCGGACUUACUUGGAAAAAAUACGUUAGACAAUUAUUUCGUUGAGCCACCGUCGUGCCCGCGCUAACUCGGCUCUUUUUACAUUUUAAGAGGUCUAGUACGAAGAUUUUUGCAGAAUUAUAUACUCUUUAUAUAAUGCAUUUUUCAACUGUUAUAACGAAAUGGAUAUAAUGAUCGUGAAAUACACUUAAUACAUCUAAAAGAAUCCCGUACGAUUUAUUGAACACGAAUGAGUUAUAUUUUUGCAAAAAGAAAACUAAAGAGUAGGGGUAUGUUAAAAAAUAUGACAUUACCUCAGAAAUCUAGGAAAAUGAAGUGUAUGAUUUUCAUUCAAUUGAUUCUAUAUUGCAUUUCUUUUAUAAAGAUUUUCGGUUUUCAUUCGUGCUUUUAUUAUAUUAACUGUUAUUUCCUAUAUAAAUGUAAAUUCGUGUAGGUAAACGUACGGACGAUCUUGUGAGCGCGACUUUCAAAUGCCUAUAACUCAGAAACUAAUUACAGAAAGUUAAUGAAAUUUGAAACUUUUUAUCAGGCACACAAGUACUACAAUUAUAAAUACAUAUUAAAAAUUCAUAAAAAUUGAUCGAAAACGGUUUUUCUAUACAUAAAUCGUGCGAGAUCCUUUAACUCAAUUUAUGAAGGUUAUUUUCAAACAUUAUCUGUGAAAAAGUAAGUUUAAGUAAGAAUUAAUAUUUUUAGUUUAUUAAGCUUUUUGUCUUAUUAUAGAAAUAACACUAUAUGAACUAAUGUAUUUAGUUGGGUUUAUAGUGCUUUACUUGAUUCUUGUCUAAAGUAUGUAUGUAUGUAUAUAUACAUAUAUACAUAUAUGUAUGUAUAUCUGUAUCUUAGAAGUAAAGGAUUGUAUCUCCAGUUUUUGUUAAAAUGGAAUUAAUACACUUUUCAAUAUAACAGGAGCUUAAAUUAUAUAAUAGUAAAGCGUUUUAUGUCUAUUAUUACUUGUUCCUAAAAUACAAUGUUCAGAAAAAGUCGGAUGAAACAUUUUUAUAGUGCUUAAUUUUUAAACCAGGUACAGCGUGUUAUUGGCAGUUGCACUAUUAAACAUGUCAGUUAAAAUACUUGAUUAAAAACUAUAAGUUACUAAUACUUUUAUCUUAUGUACAUCUAGAAAAAUAUAUAUCAUUUUCCUAUUUAAAACUUUAAACCUUGUUUUAUCGAAAUGUUAAGAAAAUGGACAUACCUACGCGAUCCUUUACCUCUAAGGUACAGAUAUGUAUAUAUAUUUAAAAAAAUGUUUUUUCAGAUAUAAAUGCAGCGUAAAUUGGUUAAAAGAUUAUUUUAUCGUGCAUUUAUUAAGAAAUUGAACAAGAGUAAGGAGACAAUAAACUGGAUAUUGCAAUAACAUUAAUGUACAUUUCAUUAAAAUAUUUGAAUAUUAUCGUAGUAAAAUGUACAUUAAUGUGUAGUUUUAUUAAAGUGAUAUUAAAAUAUUAUUUUAAUGAAACAAAUUACUUUAAACACUGAAAGACAUUGGUUUUAUUUUUAGUGUUAUAUAAGUUCUUUAACGUGUGUAUAAUU